GCAAGGCAGGACCAAUAUAGAUGUUCCGCUCGUGAUGUUAAAUUGCAGGCGCAAAUAUGCUCCGAUUUCAGAAUGAGUUGGAGCACAGUUGAAAAGUUAAGGCGCUGACUAUAUAAUCGACUAAUUACAAAAAUAAAUUCAGUACUUUUCAAUGCGUGAGAGCGUGAGAAGUGGGUCAAUGCGUGUAUUUCACGACCAAUGCGUGAGAGUUGGCAACUCUGGUUCUACGCUAUACAAGUAAAGUGGUCAGUCCUGUCGGGAGAGUAGAGCUAUUCCUUUCGGUUCACACUUAUUUUUCUAUCAGGCUUAAGUGAUGAGGACCCUAAGGACUAGAAACACAGUCUUGGGAACAGGAUCCACUGAGCCAAACUCUUCAGUGGAACACAGUGGAAAGACAACAUCAGAUGGAAGAAAGUUUAAACCUUUAACAUUGCCCCGGAUCCUAAGAAGGAAUUCCAAGAGUAACACCAACAUCACUGCUCCAGAUGUCCCCAACACAUCCAGUGUUAUUGCUGCCCCUCUGGAGGAGUUGUUGACUUUUGAGCAGAACCUUGAGAGAAAUUGCCUGUCUGCUGCUGGCCAACAGCUGAUUGAGAGAGAGGAGCGUCUAUAUGGACAGAUCUCAGAAGAGGUGGUUCAGUCGACCACGGAGUGGGAGAAGGAGGAAGAGCAGUUCACCAGAGAUCACAAAGCCCUCCUCAGCCAAAUAGACCUGGCUGUAAAGAGUUCUUUCAGUCCAGAUGAAGGCAGUCUUGAGGCUCUGAAGUCUGCAGUGAAAGCUAUCCUACAGGAGGAGGAGCAGGAUAGGCGAUGGCUGAAUCAGGUGGGUAAACAGCCUGCCUGGAGGCCCAGUGAGUGUAGACGUCACCACAACACUGUCCUCCAGAGCCUGGUGGAGGAGCGUAUGGACAAUGCCGAAUUGCCUCCUGAAGAGAGCAACAAGCUACGCUCCUCCCUGCAGAGGGAUGUCUGUGGGAAGGGCAGGCGGCUGCAGGAGGACCUGCUGAGGGUGGUGAAGGAUGUGAAGGGCUGCUACCCAGAGGACAUGGAUAUCUGCAACUUCUAUGGAAAGAUGUAUCACCAAGCCUUCAGCGCAGGGAUGAGGAAUAUUGAAGAGUAUGGGCUGGGCAUGGAUGACUGCUCUUACCUCCUGUAUUGGGUGAAUGUUGCCUACCCAGAAAUUCUACAAAAUCCGGAACUGACCAAGGAGAUUAACCCUGAAAUGUUAGGAAAGCUGUUGACUGAGGAGUUGACAACACCAUUGGAGAAUCAAUGUCUUACUCACAAAGAGACAGAGGUGCAGACAUUGAUCAACAAAGUGCUGAUGGUGGAGGAGCAAGCCUGGAUGGAGGGGUCUGUGCCUGAGCUCAGAGAUGACUGUUACUUUAGCCCCUUGGCCAUCGACGUAAUUCAGUUUAUUAAUGCUGCAGUGAAAUCGAUAGAGACAGUUUUGGGAGCCAUGUCCAAAGUCCAGAUAAUUGUGUGCCUAUUGAAGGACUUCUUGAAUAGCUAUAAGAAAUUCCAGGAGAAAGUUCUCAAGGGAAGCAACAAUGGAAACAGCAGAACUGUGAUAAUGGCCAAUCUUGCCUGUGUUGAACAAUUUAGGGACUAUAUUGUAAACAAAGCCGAUAUCUUCCCAGUGGAUGUAAAGGAAUGCUGUCUGUCCAUAGUAGCUGAAAUGAAAAACAUUGGCUACACAUUUUUAACAAGCCCUAUACACAAGGAUCUCAAGUCUCAGUACAGAGAUCUGGGGACGCCUGUCUGGUUGGAGAAGAAGAAACAGGUGUUUGAGAAGCUGUUUGAAGGAAUUAACAAACACACCCAGGAUCUUAAGGGCUUGACUGACUCCUGUCAUCAGGAGCUGCUGAGCCAGCUGCACUUGGAGGUGACAGUGGAGUAUGUGAGGAGGCUACUGAAGAGGAAGAUCAAGCUGAGAGACAAAGAGAUGCAGGAGCAGGCGGCCAGGUCGGUGUGUGAGGAUGGCCAGAGACUACACAAACUGUUCACUGAAGCGGGUUCCAGGGAGGAGUGGCUAAGUGACAUCCUUCCCAAGAUUGCUGAAGUGCUGAAACUCCAAGACAUUUCCUCCAUACAGCUGGAGAUAGUGACUCUGAGUCAAGCUUACCCUGAUCUCAGUGAAUUCCAGGUGUCCGCCCUGCUUAGCCUCAAAUCCAACCUUUCUGCCUCUGCCGUGAGGAGGGUAAAGAAGACCCUCCUGGACAACCAGGACACCACCAGCUCCCAGGAUGUCCCAUCUUUUUUCUCCAAGGUACAGGUCAAAUGAGUGUUGAAUACUCUUAAUGGGUCACGUCUGCAAUGCUCUUGUAAGGAAAGUACCCUAAAGAGGGGACUAGCGUGGUUCUGGUUCCGGUUCUGACUGAAAUGUUCGCUUAUAAAUUGUUCUGUGGACACCAUAGAUUGAAAUAGCAUGCAUUCAGCGAUAGCCCUAGAUUUCACGGACUCGGGACUAUAUAUCUUCCACCUGUAUACCUCAGGCUGUGAAAUCUGACAUCACUUGAAGCUGGGAUGUCCUGCCUACCAUUUCAUUCACUCUUCCAACUCUCCAUCAACUCCUGGCUGAAUGCUAGGUAACAGCCGUUGACAAAGCACAUGCCUGCAAUCCUUAGAUCCUAGCGUAGCAGGAGAUAAUGGUUUCAUCAAAGUCAUCAACAAUAAUUCAGAGAUUUUAAAUAAAUGUUUUUUCUGUUUGCCAUAGACAGACAAGAUUAAUAUGAGAAGAAUGGCCAGUUCAUAAUGAGUAGAGAAUAUGCACCUUUUCUCUAACAUCAAACAUGUAUUUGACAGUUAUUCAAGUCUCAUUCAUACAUUUGUGUAGAAUAGCAAAUGCAUCAUAAAAUAUUGAAUAUGUGUAUCAUAUUUGUACUGUGUACUUGAGCGUGUGUCCUCGAAAGUGACUACACCUCAGCAAUAUUUUUUUUUAAAUACCAGAAAGGUGGGAUUUUAAUCUUUCUUGGGGUAUUCUGCAUUACAAAUGAUUGUUUAUUGCCAUCUCAUUAUAAAUAAUUACUUGUGGGUACAUAGAUUAUAAUUUAGAUGACAUUUUCCCUUGAACCACAUUAACAGCCUUGUCGUUUACAGGAUAGCAUUUCAAGUGAGUCAGGCUGCCAAUUCUUCCAGGUUAAUGUCCCUAUAUCCCCUGGAAGACUGUCAGUUUUGAUAAUAGGUUGUGAUAAGGAUUUAAGGGAAACACCAUUCUUUGAUAUCCCCUGGGAUACCAUUGAGGAAGCAUACCAUUGAGGAAGCAUGUUGUGUAUGGGACUGUCCAUUGUGAAUUACUGUACAUUUUGGAAUUUCCAAUAUCCGAGUACUACUCUCACAACCCAAAAAGACUGUUAGGGGAUUUCCCUUCUCAGCGGAAGCACAAUAACUGAUAGCCUUACUGCCGUUGUCUCCAUCUACAGGGCACUAUUGGUUCUAAGUCUUUCCAUUAGGCAUUUUUGAUGAGGAUUAAAACCACUUGACCUGAAAAUGAAAAACUUUGGGCAGUUUUAAUUCCAAUUUCUCUUAAGAGUAAAUAAUAACUUGCCAUAUAGUACCUUUUAAAAAGUUGACAAAGACAUGUAAACAGAGCUCCAAAUAUUGUGCAGUAGAGUGAGAACCUGAUGGUCAUGUUGUUUAGAAUGGGGGUCGUUAUUGUCCUCUACCUGAGACUUCCCAGUUCCCACACUCAGCAGCAAAAAAGGCAGCCAUACCAGGCUGCAGACCUGGUUUGGGACAGGAAAAUGGAGUACACUUCUUGGCUUGCCUCCAGAACUUCCCAGGUCUGUCUCUGUGACAGUCCUCCCUUCCAAUGCAGCAGGGUAGGCAGGUGCUCCAUAGUACUACAACAGAGGUAAACAUGUAACAAGCUAAUCCCUAUGGAGUAAAUUAGUCAGUGCUGUGGAUCAUGCAAACUUUGGAAACCCUGUGGUAUACUCAUCUGUGUGAAGUGGGGCUGUUUAACUUUGUACUUUUGCUUCUUAAUGAUUGUAUGUUGUAUUUUGCAUGUUGAAUUAUUUAUGUAAUAAAAAUAGCAAUUAAUUACAUGUAUGUGAGGCACCUCUGUGUAGUUGACAUUUCUCAAUGUCUCCUUCAUGGAUUCAACAAUUAUGUGGUUAUUUAGUAUUUUCUGCCUUACUCAAGGAUUUCCCUUCAAUUGGUUAGUCAAUGAUUCCAAGUCAUUCUGUCAAUUAAAAUGGAAAGUAUACACUCUAA